UGGCCACCACUAUGGCGAAGAUGUCGCGCAGCAGUACCACCACAUCGUUGGAUGAAUACGAGCUCAUGUCUGACGCCAAGUAUCGGACUUACGUCCAGCAGAUCGACAAAGCGUUGAAAGGCUUUGAGUACACGUCUGAGUGGGCGGAUCUGGUCAACGCACUCGGCAAACUCAACAAGGUGCUGUCGAAUAACGUCAAAUACAGUGUAAUCCCGCGUCGGUUCACAGUUGGCCAGCGGUUGGCGCAGACGAUGCAUCCGGCGCUGCCAUCGGGC